UUCUCCAGGUGCGAGAGUUGCCUCUCUCGGAACGGGCUGGAUCUAAGGGAUGGAUUAUUUCUCUGUCGUGUUUACUUCUGUGAGGGGAAAUGUGACGACAAGCGAGUUUGUCGAGAGUGUGUGAACAGCUUUUCGUUACAGGCAUAUAUGGACGACGAGAGUACUAUGACUUAACGGUAAUCAUUUCUGUCGCGUCGAAGUGAUGAAUUGACGUAAAUCGUUAUAUGACAACAUAUGCCCUUAGCCUAGAGGAAGAACAGUUCUAACUAAUACGGACGUUAGAAGCGCGAAGGAAGAAGAUUGGAAUGAAAUACGAUUGAAUGAAAGGCUCAGUAGGAUCGUCUGAGUUACGUAUGGACGAAAUAAAGGAAAUACUUGGUGUGGCUGCAUUCCUUAUCAUUUGGUCAACUAAUUGAGCAUCAAGAGAGAAAAUCACGAAAUCAGACUGAGGAAGGAUGGAAAGAACUGCAUCGAAAUACAUCCAUAAUACUGCAGAAAAAAGAUUUAGUCACAUAUAACUUAAAUUGCCAAAAGGGGUAGGUGAAAGAAAAAACAUCGACGAUGUUACGGAGGAAAGUUGACGUCACGGGCUUCAAGGAGGAGGUCGAGCGCUUGAGGAGGAGCAGAUUAGCGGUCAUCCUCCUGGUCUACUUUGCCCUCGUCAUGGACAACAUGCUGUUGACUGUCGUCGUGCCCAUAAUCCCAGAUUACCUUUACCAGAUGGAAUACCAACAGACUGAAAAGAGGGACGAAGAAAAGUUAAUUGGUCCAAACUUACAAUCAACUUCGAACACCAGUCCAUUAAGCUCCUCCUUUGGAAACCAGCAACUGGAGAACUCUGUAACUUCAGCAAAGACACAAAGUGAUUAUUCAAGUAACAAACAGCCUUUGAAGGGAUCUCAAGAAUCCACUUCUGGAACACACGAUGGAAGGGCUUCAAAGCAAAGAUUUACUGAAUCGAGAUAUCCAACAGCUUCCAGUGCAGGUUCCAGGAAUCAAAUGUCUGUUCAGAGUGGCGUUUCUUUGGCAACAAGGGCUAGUUUUCCAGGUAGACCCCCUGACACAGAAAAGUCAGCUGGUCCAGUUACUCUAGACCGUUCAGGACAUGACGGUUCCACAAGCCCCAACAAUAAAGAGAUGCUGAAAGAGGGAAUGUUACAGAAUCUUAAAAAUGGCAUUGACAUGAAACUAAUGAAGCUAUUGAAGAGAAACGACGAAACUGUACAGGUUCCAUUGGCAGAAAAGAAUAAUUUUUCUACAGUGGUUUCUGGAACCCAGAGAGUGUCACAGUCAUCUGCCCAUAAUGCAUCUACAGUACUUAAACCCUCAACUGAUGUAGGAGGCUCUAAUGGGACAAACCACACGCCAGUUUUAGACUCAACAGACAAAGGGCCAACACCAAGAGCAGAGUGGUCUGGUAACUCAGCGGACGCUCCCCAGAACAAGACGCUUCACAACACCGUUCUCCCGCAGGACAUAAUCAACGAAAACAGUUGGGUGGGCUUGCUGUUCUCAUCCAAGGCUUUCGUCCAGCUCAUCGUCAACCCCUUCAUAGGACCUCUCACAUCCCGCAUUGGUUAUUCAUUGCCGCUGUUGGUUGGCACACAGAAUCUGAUAAUAUCAGCUCUGUUGUUUGCUUACGCUGAGAGUUACACGUUGCUCUUCGUUGCGCGAAGUAUCCAAGGAAUAGCUUCGUCCUGUAUCGCUAUAUCAGGUAUGGGCAUCAUCGCCGAGUGCUAUCCGGAGGACAAGGAACGUGGGCGUAUGCAAGGGAUGGUGAUGGGCGGGAUAGCCCUGGGCGUGCUGGCGGGGUAUCCCAUAGGCGGUCUCCUCUACGACUUCACGAGCUCGAAAACGCCGCCAUUCCUGCUUGUUGCUGUCCUGACAGCGAUUCUCGCUUUGAUUCAGCUGGCAGUGCUCAAUCCCAGACCCUCCCCAGAGCGUCUGAUCGUGGCAACACCUUUGAGCGGUUUGAUCAGAGAUCCUUUCAUCUUGAUCACUGCUGGCGCUGUGAUGGUCUCCACCUUAGCCAUGGCAAUGUUAGAACCCUGCCUUCCAAUCUGGCUCACUGACACCCUACAUCCCCAGAAAUGGCAGCUUGGAACAGUCUUCAUCCCUGACAGCAUUGGGUAUCUGGUGGGGACAAGCUGUACUGCCGGUUCGUCCUACAGAAUUGGCCGCUGGAGAGCUGCACUUAUAGCUAUGAUGAUGGUGGCAUUUGCUUCGGCAACAGUACCUGAGGCAAGGUCAAUGUUGGCCCUUGCAGGCCCCCACUUCUUCCUUGGCAUGGGCGUUGGAACCGUCGAUGCUGCCAUGAUGCCCCUAUUGGCUGCCAUAGUGGAUGCCCGCCAUGUAGCCGCCUAUGGGGCUGUUUAUUCCAUUGCCCAGGCAGCUGUGGCCCUGGCUUAUGGCUUUGGUCCAUUAGUGGGAGGAGCAGUUGUUCGGCAGAUUGGUUUCCCAUGGCUCAUGAGGGGAGUAGCCAUCCUCAAUCUCUGCUACUGUCCUCUUCUCUUUAUACUCACAACGUUUAACCACGAUCCCUCAGAAUCUCAGGCUAUUCUGAUGGCAGCCCCUGAUCCUAAUGACUACACUAGCCACACUACUGCCAGUGUUCAGCCACGGGAGGCGUCUCUUAGGUAUCAGCAACUUUUCCAUGAAGAAGAUGACUAAGAACAGCCCGAGGCUACAGAUCUGUUGGCAGCAAAAGAAGAGGAUUGAAAACUUCACCAAGAAUUUCAUAGUCCUGUCUUUGAAAUUUGCCAGCUGUGCUUGUCUGUGAAACCCUAUUCUAAAAGUUAAUUUGCAGUCUAAUGCUUUCAAGAGAUGAAACAGCUUUCAGGUUUCUUCUCAAGUGUACUCUUAUGCAAAAAUGAAUGACAAAAUAGGGAGGACCUUUCCGGAUACCCUGCAAGAAAGUAAGGAUGACUCAAAAUGAGAAACAUGUCCUUGGGCUAUCAACACUUAGAUUUCAGCGGUGAAGAGAGUGACGAAGAAUAACUAGUGGAUGUACGAGGACGGGAUCUGGCAAAACACUGCAAAUUAUGGCACCUAAUUGCGAUGACAGGGUUAGAUCUGCAUUUUUAUUUUAGGCUGUGCGGCAUUUUUUGCGAAAUACAAGUGUCUGCUGUGCCGAGAAUAGAUUGGAUACUGAAAUCAUAAAAUAUUUUCGAAAAAAUUCAACGUUAUUUUCUUAUUUUGGAUGCAAAUAAUGCUUUUCAUCUGGUCAAUCCAAAGUACAUACUGAAGUGUUAACAAUCAACGUAUCCUAAAUGGAAAUUACUUGAAUAAUUUGUAUCUCCAAAAAGGAGAAUGUUGAUGAAUCUUAAUGUUGGUUAAAGGUUUAAUAUUAAGUUCGAAGUGGAAAAUUGGAAGUGAAAUUAAUGAUGAAAGCAAAAGUGUAUUUCAUUGUUGCAUAAGUGUCAGCUCUCCGAACAAAUCAUUGGUGCAUUUACUUUCUGAAGGGUGUGACUAGAACUGACUGACCAGGAGAUUAUUGCUGACAUCAUAUCAAAAUGAAAUAACAUUGCUGUGUUUUUUAUGCAUCCUGGAAAGCAGAACUUGGAUUUUGGUGCUUAGUGUCUGGAAUUUGCCUGGACUCCAGACCCCAUCCCUGCGAACCGUGAGGUCCAAAGUCCCACAUCUGUAGUGUGAAUUGAUGAUAAUAAUAAUCCCAUUAUCCCAUUCCAAAACGCAAAGAACGUCUUUGUGAACUUCGCGAACACUAUUAACUAUGUUGUACAAAUAUUAAUGUUCCUAAAUGGAUAUGACUGUUGUUCAUGCUUAUCUUUUACUGGAUACUUAAUGUGAUUUACAUUUCUCUUGUUGAGUGUAUGUUAUUCACACAGUUAUCAUAACUUAGUUUUAAGUGAAAUACAGUGAGGUGUCUGUAAAUUCAUCUCAUUUCUUUACGUGUGUCAAAGGAAUGAAGAACUCGGAGAAUGAGAAGGAUAUUCAUUGAAUUGACGGGAGAAGAGAAGACUUGUGAUGCUAGUGGAGAAAAUGCCUCAUUGUGCAAUUAUAAACAUAAUCGUUCAUGUUAACAAAUGUAUCUGGAAUAUAUAAUAGACUUUUUUUAUCUCUUUGUAGCAUGUGUAUUGUGAGUAAGAGUGAUCAUGUGGGGUAAGAUGACACAAUUACCAGGACUUUUUCCAAUACUUACCACAUAAUUACUAGCUAUGUAUAAUCGGUGUAAUAGAAGUGUAUACCAGUGAUUUAUGUGAACACGAAUAAACCCUUCAAAAUUGUGAAAGACUUUACGAUAAUUAAGUAAGAAGAUUAUGAUGGAAAUCAUAUGCAGUUGUAGUUUUCAGAAAUGCUAUACUGUCCCUGGCAAUAGUCAGCUAACUGGUGCAUGGAGGGCAACAAGUAGACUGACAAUUACCUUACUUUGGACACAGUUCAGAGGGAUUUCAAUUUCAUCAAAAGUGGCUCUCAAUCUGAGUGGUGCGGUGUUAAUGCAGAGCCCCUGUAAUCAUACACUUAAGGGCCACACUGCAAUUUAUAGUUUCUCGAACUGAUUCAGUCAUUGUGAGGAAUGUUCCUACAUCAAAUGUAGUAGGGACGUACGAUAGUAGAUUCACAUCACCCGUGCAUCUGAUGCCUAGGCCCGUCCCUUACGGCGCUCCUGAUUGGCUGUUGAUAAACCAAUCACUGGGCUGG